UCAACAACUGUUGCCAGAACUGAGCUCCCUCUGUGUGAAUGUGAGCCAGCCGGAGAGCGAACAACAAAUGAGUGUGUGUGAGAGAGUUGCUGCAUCUAUGCAUGUGUGUGAGAGAGUGAGGUAGUUGCAGUGUGUGUGAGUCGUGCUCUCACAGAGGAGCUAAGCCAGCCAGCACAGUUUUAGAGGCUCUGAAAGAGCACUCUCUCCUCUCCUCCUUUUCUCUCCCUCUUUUUCUGGACAACACUGAUCCAAAAGACUGCCAUUGGACUAUCUAAACCCCUACCACUUUCUGUACUGAUCUGGCUUCACCUGUGUGUGUAAGAAGAAAGGCAGAGGACUUAGCCCUUGGUUUGAAGGGCGAGUUGGAUGACUUCUGCAGAUGAGGGCUUGGCCGGUGGAGUGUUGGGCCAGGGGGACCACCAUGGCUCCCCUCAAAUAAUGGAUGGGCGUGGUGACAAAGCGCUUGCACAUCCGGUCAUCAUGUGCACGCGGGUGUCCGUUAACCCCGAGCCUGGGUGCCAUCUAUUCCCAGAGGGAGAGGAGGAAGGAGAGGUGGAGGGCAGAGAGAGGGCAGAGUUAGACAUGGACAGUGCUGUGGAGAGCAACCCGGGAUCAGAUGUCUCUGAAGGGGAGAGGAGCGGAGUAGACAAGGAGGAUGGACCGGGGGGACUUUUCUUUCCUGGAGACAAGUGCAGUCAGCUAAACCCAUCUGUGACCUCUGACCUGUCGACGCGUUCCUCUGCCUCUCUGAACGAGGAGCAGUUUGAGGACUACGGAGAGGGAGAGGACGUGGACUACACUCCCAGCAGCCCCUGCCCUGAGGACGAGACGCGCACCAACGGCUACUCUGACCUGGGCUCCUCUGUACCCUCCAGUGCUGGCCAGACCCCAAGGAAGACACGUCACCUGUACAAUAAUGAGAUGAUGGACGUGUACUGUUCCCAGUGCUGUAAGAAGGUCAACAUACUCAACGACCUGGAGGCCAGGCUGAAGAACCUCAAAGCCAACAGCCCCAAUAGGAAAAUCUCCAGCACAGCCUUUGGCAGGCAGCUCCUCCACACCAGUAACUUCAGCAGCAGCAACGGCAGCACGGAGGACCUGUUCCGAGACAGCAUUGACUCCUGUGACAUCGACAUCACUGAGAAGGUGAGUUACCUAGAGAAGAAGGUAGCAGAGUUGGAGAAUGACACGCUGAUGAACGGAGAUCUCAAGUCCAAGCUGAAGCAGGAGAACACACAGCUGGUUCACAGGGUCCAUGAGUUGGAGGAGCAGUUGAAGGACCAGGAGGCGCGGGCAGAGCAGAACACAGAGGAGGAGCAGAGACGACACCGUGAGGCCUACAGCAAGAUGGAGAGAGACAAGAACACUGAGCUCGAGCUGCUACACAACCGAGUCCAACAGCUAGAGGAGGAGAACGGGGAUAUAUCGGUGAACAUGUGCAGACUGAAGUCUCAGACAGAGAAACUGGACGAGGAGAAGCAGCGUAUGACAGACAAGCUGGAGGACACCAGUCUGAGGCUGAAGGAUGAGAUGGACCUCUACAGGAAGAUGAUGGACAAGCUGAGGCAGAACAGACACGAGUUCCAGAAGGAGAGGGAGGCCAUGCAGGAGUUGAUUGAGGACCUUCGUCGGGAGCUGGAGCACCUGCAGCUGUUCAAGCUGGAGACAGAGAAGCCUGGCCGCGGCCGCAGCUCCUCCUCUGGGCUGACGGAGUUCAACGCCAAGACCAGAGAGAUGGAGCUGGAGCACGAGGUCAAGAGACUCAAACAGCGGUUUGUCUCGCAGGACUUUCCUCUGACCUCUGACCUCCGCCACCUCGUAGUAUCCGCUGGGGCACGCCUCCGUCACGGUCAGACGGAGAACCUGAAACUGAGGGAACAGAACGACGACCUGAAUGGUCAGAUCCUCAGUCUGAGUCUGUAUGAGGCUAAGAACCUGUUUGCCACCCAGACCAAGGCCCAGUCGCUGGCUGCCGAGAUAGACAAUGCCUCACGAGACGACUUGAUGGAGGCCCUCAAGGAGCAGGAGGAGAUCAACUUCCGUUUGCGGCAGUACAUGGACAAGAUAAUUUUGUCUAUCCUGGACCACAACCCCUCCAUCUUGGAGAUCAAGACCAACUAGAACCCCCCAACUAGAAA